GAUCUUCGGCUGCGGUGGUGCACUUCCUUGUGUAUAAUGAGACAGUGGGGUUGUCACCCCAUAAUCUUGGUGUCGGCUCCCACGACUGCCUUCUUGGUUACCACCACUCAGAUGGAUAGACGUUGGAUUCAUGGUACAUUGUUUUCCCGUGAGUACAUCGAAGGUGUCAAAGAAUUUAUGAACUUCAUUCAAGAGAAAUUCAGCGAGGAUGAUAAAAUAUUCUGCCCAUGUAGAAAAUGCCUUAAUCAUCACUACCAGCAUCAGACCGUUGCGAACACGCACAUACUGACGUAUGGCAUGGAAAGUACGUAUACUCGCUGGAUAUAUCAUGGAGAAGACUUUGAUGUAGAUGUUAUUGAACAUCGUGUUGAUGUGCAUGAUACCGAGGAUGGUGACAAUGGCGCUGACCGGUUUGAAGAGAUGUUUGAAGACCUACGCACAGCAGUAGAACAAGCUCAGAGUGAAACUGAAAAUCAAGAUGCUAACAAUGGUGGAAACCCUUAUGAGAACGAGUCUUUUUUGAAGAAUGUGAUGAAGGAGGCAAAACGGCAGCUUUAUCACGGUUGUACCAAGUUUUCAAGGUUCUCCUUCGUGGUAAAGCUUCUUCACUUGAAGUCAUACCAUAGGAUCCCGAAUAGUGCAUUUACUGAAAUUUUGAAGCUAUUAGCUCAAGCAUUCCCUAAACCCAAUACGCUCCCAAAAUCGUAUAAGGAAGCAAAGAAUCUUCUAAAGGAAUUAGGCCUUGGGUAUGAGUCUAUACAUGUGUGCUUCAAUAAUUGCAUUCUGUUCAGAAAGCAAUAUGCCAAUCAUGACAACUGCCCAGUUUGUGGACUGUCAAGGUGGAAAGACCCUGCUAGAAAGAAGAUUCCACAGAAAGUGUUGAGGCAUUUUCCAUUGCUGCCUAGGCUAAAGAGGAUGUUUCUUUCCAAAAAAGGUGCAGAAGAAGCACAAUGGCAUGAGCUAAAGAGGCAGCCUAAUGAGAAGCAACUGAGUCAUCCAAAAGAUGGUGAUGCGUGGAAAGAUUUUGAUGAAAAAUUUCCAGAAUUUGCAAAAGAUGCCAGAAACUUUAGGCUUGGCAUUGCCACUGAUGGGUUCAAUCCUUUUGGAAAUUUUAACACAACCUAUAGUCCCAAAUCAUCUGGUAAGCACUUCGAUGUCUUUCUACAACCACUUGUAGAAGAAUUACUUGUGCUCUGGGAGGGUGUGCGUACAUAUGAUGCUCUUCGUGGAAAAAUGUUUGAUCUUCAUGCUGAAGUUCUAUGCCUAAGGAGUAAAAUUGGAUAUAUUGGUCACUAUCGUUUCCUUCCAAGGGGUCAUCGUUUGCGGAGAAACAAUGAAUUUGUUGGUCUUCAUGAAAGUAAUGAUGAGCCAGGUAAAUUCUCUGAGAAAGAGUUGCAAGCAGAAUUGGAGAAGGUUAGACCUGGGAUACAACAAGAAAGUAGGAAAAGGAAGUGUUCUGACUUGGGCAGCAAGAAGGAUCAUGUGCCAAUUUGGGGCCGCAGGGUUUGUUUGUGGGAUUUGAAGUAUUGGGCAAAGUUGAAGCUGAGACACAAUCUUGAUGUCAUGCAUAUUGAGAAAAACAUUUGUGAAAACCUCAUUGGGACAAUUCUGAAUCUGGAGGGUAAGACAAAGGACACACUUAAUGCUAGGAUUGAUCUCAAAGAUUUGAAUAUUAAAGAGGAGUUGCAAUUGAGGAAGGAGGGAGACUCAUAUGUGAUGCCUCGGGCCCGAUAUACCUUGUCCAAAGAACAAGUGGUUGCAUUUUGUCAAUUUUUACGAGAGUUAAAGUUUCCAGAUGGGUUUGCUUCCAACAUCUCAAGAUGCACAAGUGCUGAUGGAACCAAGGUACAAGGCCUGAAAACACAUGAUUGUCACAUUCUUCUGCAGAGAAUCUUACCUGCCGGCAUGAGAGGACUUUUGGACAGUGAUAUAUAUCAAGCAAUAGCUGAGUUAGGCAAUUUUUUCAGAGAACUGUGCAGCAAAACUCUUAAUAGGGAUGUCUUGGCCGAAAUGAAGAAGGAAAUCCCUGUAAUUUUGUGCAAGCUUGAGAAAAUUUUCCCACCUGCAUUCUUUGAUGUGAUGGUGCACCUUGCCGUACAUUACCUAAAGAGGCAUUGCUUCGAGGUCCCUGCUACCUCUUGA